ACCGCCUCUGCUGUGCCGCCACCCCACAGCACCGUCCCCACGGCUGUCCCCGCUCUGCGCGGGUGGGAUGGAGGAGCAGUGAGAGCUCACCGUGACGCCACGGCUUCCUGCUGCAGCGGGGAGAUGCGCGGGGUGGGGGACAGCGCGGUGUCACAGCCCGACCCCAUGGCACAGCCCGACCCCAUAGAACACCCUGACCCCAUGGCACAUCCUGACCCCAUAGAACACCCCGACUCCGUGGCAUAUCCUGACCCCAUGGCUCAGCCCGACCCCAUGGCACACCCUGACCUCAUGGCACAGCCUGAUCCCAUAGAACACCCCAACCCCAUGGCACAGCCCAACCCCAUGCAACAGCCCAACCCCAUGGCAUAUCCUGACCCCAUGGCACACCCCGACCCCACGGCACACCCUGACCCCACGGCACAGCCCAACCCCAUGCAACAGCCCAACUCCAUGGCACACCCCGACCCCAUGGCACACCCUGACCCCAUGGCAUAUCCUGACCCCAUGGCACAGCCUGAUCCCAUAGAACACCCCAACCCCAUGGCACAGCCUGACGCCAUGGCAUAUCCUGAAUCCACGGCACACCCCGACCCCAUGGCACACCCUGACCACAUGGCACACCCUGACCCCAUAGAACACCCCAACCCCAUGGCACAGCCUGACGCCAUGGCACACCCUGAACCCACGGCACAGCCCAACCCAAUGGCACACCCUGACCACAUGGCACACCCUGACCCCAUAGAACACCCCAACCCCAUGGCAUAUCCUGACCCCAUGGCACAGCCUGACCCCAUAGAACACCCCAACCCCAUGGCACAGCCCAACCCCAUGCAACAACCCGACCCCAUGGCAUAUCCUGACCCCAUGGCACAACCCAACCGCAUGGCACACCCUGACCCCAUAGAACACCCUGACCCCAUGGCACACUCUGACCCCAUGGCACACCCUGACCCCAUGGCAUAUCCUGACCCCAUGGCAUAUCCUGACCCCAUGGCACACUCUGACCCCAUGGCACUCCCUGCCCCCACGGCACAGCCCGCCCCCCACGGCAGCGCAGCACACAGCGUGAGGACGGAGCUGACCCCGCUGUGCCGCCCCGCUGUGAGCCCUCCUUUGGGGCACACUGUGACCGCGGAGCAGCGCAGCCCACGGCGGCCUCACGGUGACAGCCACGAGGGUUGGGGUGCCGCUGGGGGUCCUUCCCCUCCCCGGCCGCCCACAUCCUGCAGCCUCCCCCGUCCCCCUCCGCCCCCGUUUCCCCGGGGGGGCUCAGAUGUGGGGCGAAGCGGGGCCCGAAGGCAGCGGUGCCGCUCAGCCCCUCCUGGGGGGCUCUGUCCUGCCGUGGGGGGGGGGUUGGGCCCUCUGGGCGAAGCGCGGGGCCUACGCGGGACUACACAUCCCAGCACGCCCCGCGCCCGCCGCACGGCAAUACGACGUAUCCCGGCACGCCCCGCGGCCGCACUACAUUUCCCAGCGUGCCCCGCGCCAGACCACCGCCGACGCGAUCUAUCCCGGCACGCCCCGCGGCAACGCGACUUAUCCCGGCACGCCCCGCGGCCGCACUACACUUCCCAGCAUCCCCCGCGGCCCUCGGCCCGCCAAUGGGGCGCAUCCCAGCGUGCCCCGAGGGCGGACUACACUUCCCGGCGUGCCCCGCGGGCGGGGCGGAGUGGGGACGCCGCCGCUCCCCUUUUGUUGGUGCCGGCGGGGCCUGGAGGCGGCGGGGGCGGCCCGGAGGCGCUGCGGAAGAUCAUCACCACUUUGGCUGUGAAGAAUGAGGAGAUCCAGAACUUCAUCUACUCCCUCAAGCAGAUGCUGCAGAAUGUGGAGGACAACUCUGCGCGGGUGCAGGAGGACCUGGAGGGGGAGUUCCAGUCGCUGUAUGCGCUGCUGGACGAGCUGAAGGACGGCAUGCUGAUGAAGAUCAAGCAGGACCGCGCCAGCCGCACCUACGAGCUGCAGGCCCAGCUGGCGGCGUGUGCCAAAGCUCUGGAGAGCUCGGAGGAGCUGCUGGAGGCGGCCAACCACACCCUGGCGACGGCCAACAACCACGACUUCGCCCAGGCUGCCAAACAGAUCAAGGAUAGUGUGACGAUGGCUCCCGCCUUCCGCCUCUCGCUCAAGGCCAAGGUGAGCGACAACAUGAGCCACCUGAUGGUGGAUUUUGGCCAGGAGCGCCGCCUGCUGCAGGGCCUCGCCUUCCUGCCAGUGCCGAGCACCCCUGAGAUCGACCUGGCGGAGUCGCUGGUGGCCGAUAACUGCGUGACGCUGCGCUGGAGGAUGCCCGACGAGGACAGCAAGAUCGACCACUACGUGUUGGAGUACCGCCGGACCAACUUCGAGGGGCCGCCCCGAGCCAAGGAGGAGCAGCCCUGGAUGGUGGUGGAGGGCAUUAAGGGCACCGAGUACACCCUGGCUGGGCUGAAGUUCGACAUGAAGUACAUGAACUUCCGCGUGCGGGCGUGCAACAAAGCCGUGGCCGGAGAGUUCUCGGAGGCGGUCACUUUGGAGACGAGAGCGUUCAUGUUCCGGCUGGACGCCAGCACGUGUCACCAGAACCUGCGCGUGGAGGACUUCAGCGUGGAGUGGGACGCCACGGGUGGGAAAGUGCAGGACGUGAAGGCCAGAGAGAAGGACGGGAAGGGCCGCACCGCAUCGCCCGCCAACUCACCCGCCAGAGCCGUGCAGUCCCCCAAGCGGAUGUCGUUGGGCCGAGCGGGCAGAGAUCGCUUCACUGCUGAGUCCUACACCGUGUUGGGCGACACUCCGAUCGAUGGCGCUGAGCACUACUGGGAGGUGCGGUACGACCGCGACAGCAAAGCCUUCGCCGCGGGGGUGGCGUAUCGCAGCCUGGGCAGAUUCGACCCGCUGGGCAAAACGUCGGCCUCGUGGUGCCUCCACCUCAACAAUUGGCUGCAGCUCAGCUUCAGCGCUAAGCACGCCAACAAGGCCAAGGCGCUGGACGGCCCCGUGCCGGAAUGCAUCGGCGUCUACUGCAACUUCCACGAAGGGUUUCUGUCCUUCUACAACGCGCGCACCAAACAGCUGCUGCACACCUUCAAGGCGCGCUUUGCGCAGCCGGUGCUGCCGGCCUUCAUGGUUUGGUGCGGCAGUUUCCAGGUCUCAUCGGGCCUGCAGGUGCCCAGCGCUGUCAAAUGCCUCCAGAAGCGCAACAGCGCGGCCAGCAGCUCCACGGCCAGCCUGCCCUGAGCCCCCCGCACAGCACUGCGUUCCCAUCGCCCCCCAUAACCACAGCCCCCCCCCCCCAAAUCCCCACCGCGCUCUGUCCUCGCCGCGCUGAGGGGGGGUGGGGGACGUCUGAGCCCCCCCGGACCCCCACGGGACGCCGGGUUGGGGCGGUGGGGCACCCGUGACCUUCAGGACCCCCCCCCAAUGUGUGCCCCCCCCCACAUCCCAGCACUGGCACAGGGCCGGGCUCACUGCCCCCCCCCGCAGACAGCUGCUUCUGGCCUUAAUAAAGCGGGAUAGAGGUGC